UCCACAACAAGCGACACCGCUGCACCGCCUUCUCCACGGACCGCCCCUGCUGCUCACCGACGCCAAAAACCUCGACGUCGAGCCAGCGUCAGUCGCUCUCUUCAGGUUCGUCCCUAUCAAGGCGCGAUGCUGACAGCAGCGCUGGUGUCGCUGUGGGCGUGCCUCGCGGCGGCCCUGCCGACUCUCAGUCCCAACAUCACGACGCACGCCCCGCUGCCCGCCACGGCGGGCUCUCCGUGGCAACCGGCCACGUCGGGCCGCAGCUACGGCGGCGCCGGCUCCUCCUACCCGGACCACCUGCUCACCAACGACGUGGCCGACCAGGAGGCGGACUCGGCAGAAUUCUCGCCGCUCGCCUACGGCGGCGACUUCUUCCGCAGUCGGUACUCCGGCCAGUACCUGCCGCGGGACGAAGCGACGACGGAGACGAAGACGGUGGAGCUGGGCUCGCAGUUCGGCGCCCAGGACAGGAAGGACGAGCGCCCCAGGCCGCUGCACAGGAGGAGGGCGCGGCCGCCCAGCCCGCGCCACGGCCACCACGAGUACGACGACUACGAGGACCGCGACGGCGAGUACGGCUACGGCUACGGCUACGAGGCAGACGAAGGGUACUACGAGCACGGGGGCAGCUUCGGCGGGCACCACGGCCUCCAUCACGGCUACGACCAUCACCGCUUCCGGCCGCUGUACCACACGCACCACGCAGCGCCCGUCUACCUGCCCGAGCACGACGACCACAGUGACAAGUACGUCAAGCUGGGCAUCCUGGCCGUGCUCAAGCUGGUGCUGGCCAAGAUCAAGGCCUUCGGCAUCUUCAAGGUGCUGCUGCUCCUAGCCAUCAAGCUGCCCAUCUUCCUGCUCACGCUGCUCUUCAAGUUCUUCCUCGUCACCAAGUUCUUCAAGCUGCUGACGCUGCCGCUGCUGCUGCUUCCUCUGCUGUUGCUGCUGCCCCUGCUGCUGCUGCCGUUGCUGCCUCUGGCGCCGCUGCUGCUGCUGCCGUUGCUGCUGCCGCUGCUGCUGUUGCUGCCGGUGCCCGUGCUGACUCCCGGCACUGCGGGCGGCGCGACAACGGGUCGCCGCCGCCGCAGGAGUGCAGACGCUGACACAGCUGCUGACGUCGACGGAGGGCCGUCUGCCUCCUCUGGCGUGGUGGCGGGGCACGACCUGCUGGCGCUGACCCGGCAGGUGCUGGAGGCCGACCAGUGCCUCGAGAGGAUCGCCUGCCAGCUCGCCGAGAAGCAGCGCUCCACUGUCUACAACACGUUCGUCAUCUGGGUGCUGGAGAAGAUCCACCUAAGGGUGGCGCCAGAGCGCGUUCGCCCUCGACUGUCCUCGUAUCUGGAGGCAUACCGACAGGGGGCAGGAGCAGAAGGGAAGUGCCGCAGCCACUACACCUGCGAAAGGGCCAAGCUGGGGCUCUACAGGGGCAGCCUACUGGGACAACUGCUCUGAACUGAGCCGGCCUACCAUCGGAUGGGGCAGCAGACAAGGCCGCAUCCUUUGCCGGCACCUUCUGGCUGCUGACCAACAGCUGGGCUCCUUCAGCAGAGGCAGUGGUAGUUAUAGACUGCACACUCUCUGCGACAAACCCCGUAGACUCUACAAGAACCACACCGCAUUGUCAAUACUAUCAUGUAUGUCCAUUAUUUUGCACUUCUGUGUGUCAUGACUUUUUAUGCCUGUACAAUACUAUAUGAAGUGUGGCAGAGGCCUCAUUAAACUACACACACUCAGCAUCUUCUCGUUCCAUUUACAAAUUCAGCUUCUGAAGAAUGAGCACAAAUACUCAGUGUUAAAGGAGGAAACAGCAUAUCAUGAUAUGUUUUUAAGGUUUACAGCCAAUUUUAAAAUAAAAUUGACAUUAUAUUUGGACAUUCAAACUGCCCAUCAUCAUAAGGUACUUAGCUGAAUCCCUGAAAUGCCAGAGCUGUCAUCUCUAUAGAGGCCACAGAACCCUCACAGCCACAUGCACCUACAGUCAUCAGCAUUUCCCUUUGGAGAGUGCACAUGCAGUACUGCUAGUGGUGAAUGUUGAGAGAGCAAUAUAUUGCUACAAGACAAUUGCUACUAAAUCUGCUGCCAACUGCAUCACAUGCAUGGUGAGGCAAUAUGUUAAACGAUGUUCCACAUCUUGCUUAAAGACAACCAAUUGUCUCAGUUAAUUCCUAUCGCUUCCCUUAGAGCAUUGUCCAACACUGAGACACGCUAUCAACUAUCUGUUGACACACCUACCUCAUCCAGUAGCUCUUAGUUAAACUGCUAGGCUGUAGCAGAUUUUUCCAGUAGUUGAAGUCUCAUAUAAUGAAAGUUAAAUUUGAGUACACACAGAUAGCUGCUGGUGUGUCUCAGCAUUAGGACAGUGUCCUUAGGGUGGAAAUUAGAUAAGAUACUCUCAUUAAUUGAGACAAUCAGAGUUCUUUAAUCAAGGCAUGGAAUUAGUUUUACCAUGCAUCACUUCACAACGCUUCUGAUGCAGUCAGCAGCACAAUUUGCUGCAACUGUCUUGAUUGUGAUAUAUCACAUCUCCCAGUGCCAAUAGUGGCACUGUAUAUGCACCCUGCUAAGGGACAGCACCAACAGCUUCUGGCACAUGCACUGUGGCAUUUCUGUAACCUAUAAAUAGGUCUAUAUUAUAGGAAUAGCAUCUAGAGCAUUUUGGCAGUUCAGCUUCACAGCUAAAGGUGGUGUCCAAUUUGGAAUGCCAAAAUGCCUUGCGUAUUUGAGUUUAGGAUCAUGCUGGAGACCCAACAAUCAUAUCAUGAAUUAACACUCUGGAAAAUCCUGCACAAUCACAGUCAACAGCAUACAUUAAACGUGGACCAUUCUGAAGGGAAUAAAAUCAUAGAAACAUACACUCAUUUCUUGAAUGUUAAAAUUUGUUUGUCCACCUUACACUGUUAGCUAGAAUAAGUUAAACUUUAACUUCAGUAUUCAUUUUGCAUUAGUAGGCAGUUUUGGUCCAUAGCCACCUGAAAAUUCUAUUCUCCAGGCACCGGGAGAUAUUCCACGUCUUUUUCUGAGCAAUUACGAGUCCACAUUAUUCAAAAUUUCUGUGAUAGAUGUGUGAAUUGAACAGAGUUGUGACUAUAAAUGCUGCCCAUCUUUAUGUAUAUAAUAUUGUGAAAAGUAAAGUCGCAACUCAGCAUCUCCGCUGUAUGGUGAGUAGCAACUUUCCUUUUCAUAACAUUACUUUCCAUCCUGGCUUUUCCAUUGUCUGAUUUCUUUAUGUAUAUUCAUGUAGUAUCAUACAAGCUGGAGUAGAUUUCCACAAUUCACCAUAAAUGGAUAUGAGCAUCACACUUCUGUGUAUCUCAGCUUGUGUACAAUGUUAAAGUAAUUAUCUGAAAAUGAUCACAUAGGUUACAGAACUUAAGAGGAACAUAGUGUGAAAAUCUCACUAGACAAGAAUUUUCUGCAUGUAAUCUAUCAAGCUGAUGAUCAUACCAUACAUUUUAGCAUAAAAAUUAUUUCAUCUUCACUGUGGAAAAUAUUUUCCUGUCUCUUCUUGAGGGCUAAAAAGCCUAAAUUCAUUUCUAUAUGCUAAGGAUGGUCAGUGGAAGCCAUGGAUGAAAGGUCUUAUAUUACUGUACUCAUGUAAGUCUGAGUACAUGUUUCUAGCUCAUUAGUUGUAAUUUAUUUGAAACUGUGGAAGAUUCACACUAUGCAGCAACAAAUUUACAAACAUAAAUUUCAUUGCCAGUCCGUGUCAGGUUCAUCAAUAAACAAUUCCUUUCAUUUUACUCAUCAGCUUUCGAGCACAUAGCUACUAACAAUAUCUGGUGAAAAUUCACAUCCAUGAGUGGCUAACAUGCUGACCAUUUGAUCUGAUAAGAGCUACCUCAUUAUACCUAGUGUAAUUCAAACUAGCUGAAUGACAACUAGAUCAUAAAAUUUUAAGAGCUAUGUAAUUACAGCAAUGUGAACUGUAACUUCUUAAGUAAUAAAUCCAGAUCACAGAGAAUGCAUAGCAACCUCUUCAAAUAACUGAUUGUGUUUAAGACUAUGAGAAAUGAUUCACUCCAAAAAUUUCCAGGUUUAAUUCAAAUGUCAAAGGAAUAUUUGUGAGCAGUUUCACUGAAGCUCACAAAUGCUCAUCUAUUUCGUGAAUGAUGGUGUGUGAUUUUGACAUAAAAUUGUGAAUGAUGUAAUCUAAACAAAAUUUGGAUUUGCAACUCUGACAACAUUAGCAUCAAUAACUAUGUACUGUUGCACCCAUACUUCUCUGGAAAUGUUUCAGUUCAAGUUACAAUAUGACUGUCAUAUGUGUACUACUUUGCAUCUACAUUAUUAUGUCAGAUGUAUCCCUGAUACCAAAUAUUUAUUUAUUUAUUUAUUUACACUAAUUAUUUAUUUAUUGACUAACUAAUUUA